AUGUCAUUUGAACUAAACAGUCAAGAUCAAGACACAGGGGACCAUACCAGAUUUGCUGAGGCUAAAUCUAUGCGAAAGCGCACGGAAGAAGAUGCCAGGCUCUUACUUCCCUCUUUCGCAAGCGAAAAAUUUUUUUCUUUUUCAAAUAUUAUUAAAAAUAAAAUUUUUCAAAAAAAUUUUAAAAUUUCGAAAGUAAAAAUAAUAAAAUUAUAUAUAUUAGAAUGCAUGACGUUUAAAAUUUUAUAAAAAUAGCAUGGUUUUUCAUUACUCCCCCGUCCUCCGUAAGCGAGCAAAACCAUUUGAAAGAUACCAAAUUUUGGGUAAAUAAUCCAGCGAACAAAAAAUUUUUUUAUAAAAUAUUUGAUAUAUAAGUAAUAAUUAAUAAUAAAAUCUCUAGUUAAUUAAUUCUGUUUGAUUUUAAAAACAUAGAUUUUAUAAUUAAAUUAAUUUUCACCAAUUGGAAUUUCAAAAAAAAAAUUACUAAAAAAUGGACAUAUAAAUUUUAAUUAAAAAAAACCCUUUGUGGCGAACAAAAUUUUUAUUUACUCACGGAGGAAGGGGGAGUUAGCAAUAGAUACUUAUAAUUUAUAUAAAAAUUAUUUGUAUAUAAUUUAUUUUUCAAUUCUCUAUAAAAAAGUAAAAUUCUUCUAAUAAUUUCGCUCAUCACAGAGGGGCUAGCAAAUCGUAUCGCCCUUCUCAAACAAGAAGAAGCUAAGGCUCUCAAAAAGAUUGAAGAGACUAGAAAAAAGGCAAAAGAAAUCGUUGAUAUGAAAGCCAGAAAUCUCGAAAUCCAACGCAAAAAAGAAGAAGAAAAAAAGCAGCAAGAAGAGUCAGAAAAAAGACGCCAAAUGGAAAAAAAACAACAAAAGGACCGAGAGAGGAAAAUGAAGGAGAAUCGCUCACAUUCGUUAAAAAAUAAAAUCCAAAAUGAUGCUCAAGCACUUAAACAGCUGAGACAAGAGAACUUGGAAGCAAUAGAGGCCAAAAGAAAUGAGGAAAGAAUGAUGAAAAUUUCGAUAAAGGAAAAAAUUAAUAAAGAUAAAUUGGAAGCGGAAGAAAGGAGAAGAAAAUUCGCAAUGGAAAAGAAAAUGGCUUUAAAGGCAGAGUUGGAAAGAAAGAUUGAGGAAGAAAAUAAAAUAAGAAGGGAAAAAGAGGAAGAAGUAAAUAAAAUGGAGCAGGAGGAACUUGAAUUGAUUCAAAGGUUGCAAAACACACAGCUUCUGCAACGAACUGCAUAUGAAGAACUAGAAACAGCAAUCGCUGGACAAGUUGAUGUGGAUACUGUUUUAGGUUCACGCUAUUAA